AUGUUCGGUAGUUCGUCGUUCGGCGGCUUCGGUCAGCAAAAUCAGCAGGGCGUGAACAAUGCGUCCCAGCCGUCAGGCACUGGCAUGUUUGGCCAGCCGGCGCCCGCCGCAGGUGCGGGCACCGGCAGCAUGUUUGGACAGCCAGCGGCGACCAGCGCAUUUGGCACACCGGCGUUUGGACAGCCGGCGACGGGAACGGCGUUCGGUUCGUCGCAGACGCCGGCAUUUGGAGCGAACAACAGCAUGCAGUCUGCGCCCAUGAACACUCCCUUCUCGUUUAACCAGUCGUCGACGAGCUCGUUCGGCGCCCCCAAGCCCGCGACGACAGGCUUUGGCGGCUUUGGCGCAUCGACACCUAGUAUGCCGGCGCAGACGGGGACGUCGUUUGGGUUUGGUGGCGCGUCCACGCCCGUGUCGCAGCCACCGACCAGCACGUUCGGCGCACCCAACACCGCCUCUACAGGCUUUGGGCAGGCGAACACGUCAUUCUUCGGGCAGCCGUCGUCUGCACCUACUCCUGCAUUUGGCGGAUUUGGCGGUGGCAUGGCCGGUGUGUCGUCGGUCACGCAGGGCUCGGCGACGGUGCCCUACGCGCCGUUCCGCGAGGACAUGACGCCGAAUGAGCCGAAGGCCCAUGCCAAGACAUUCGAAGUCCAUCAGUCGCUAACCUCGAUGCCCGCGUACCAAAGCAUGAGCCCCGAGGAGCUGCGCCUCAUGGACUACCAGCAGGGCCGCGGCAAGGGCACGGCCGGUCCUAGUGCCCUGGGCACGGCCGCUGGCAGCGCCCCGGGUACAACGUCGGCGCCGUCGUUUGGCUUUGGGGCGCAGCCGAGCUCGUUUGGCGCCCAAGCGGCGCCCAGCUCGACGCCCGGGUUCGGUCAGGCGUCCACGACGAAUGCGUUCGGCCAGCCGGCAUCGGGCACGGGUACCGGCCUGUUCGGCCAACCUGCGACGUCGCAGAUGAACUCAGGCACCUCGCUUUUUGGAGCACAGAACAACACGGCCACCGCAGGCACAGGGGGCCUGUUCGGCCAGAACAAGCCUAGCACCUUUGGCGCCUCGACGACGACCCCUAUGUUUGGCGCUCAAAACAACGCAGGAGGCACUGGCUCGGGCUCACUGUUUGGCAGCGGCUCGACGGGUGCACAGACGGCCCCGUCUAGCGGCUUCAGUUUUGGUGCGAACAAUGCCAAUACACCGAGUACGGGCUUUAGCUUUGGCGCCAACAACAACAAUGCGACGCAGAACAACCAGUCCAAGCCACUGUUUGGCGGCUUUGGCUCGUCCACGACGCAGCCGGCGCAGCCGCCGUCCACAGGCUUCAGUUUUGGCGCCUCAACGACGCAGCCAGCGCAGCCGCCGUCGACAGGCUCGACGUUUGGCAGUGGCGGCACAGGCUUCUCAUUCGGUGCUAAUAACAACAACGCCCCCAAGCCCGGCGGACUCUUUGGCAACAGCAGCUCGCAGCCAUCGACGGCCCCCACGUUUGGCGGCUUUGGCGCGAACAACAACACACAGGCACAGGCGAACAAGCCUGCCUUCUCGUUUGGCAGUAGCAACACCAACACUGGCACCGGCACAGGCACCGGCUUUGGUGCCCCGGCCGCGGGCGCGGCGGGUGGCUUUGGUGCAUCGACCACGACGAACAAUGCAGGCGGUGGCCUGUUCGGUGCCAAGCCGCCGGGCACCUCGCUCUUCGGCAACAGUGCGUCGCAGCCAUCUGCGGGUAGCACCAGCACGGGCGGUUUCGGCGGUGGCCUGUUCGGUGCCAAGCCGCCGGGCACCUCGCUCUUUGGCAACAAUAAUGCCUCGCAACCUGCAGCAGGUGGGACGUCCCUCUUUGGCAAUACUGGUGCAGCGGGCGCUGCUAGCAGUGCACCCAGUACAGGCGGCGGUCUUUUCGGAAACAAUACGACGAACAAUGCUGCCAAGCCGGCGUUUUCUUUUGGCCAGUCGACAACGGCCGGCACAGGCACCUCGUCCGGUGGCCUCUUUGGGCAGAGCCAACCGGCCUCGGGCACGGCUCCAUCGCUCUUCGGCCAAAGCCAGCCGGCGGGCGGCGCUGGCGCCAGUGGUGGGCUGUUCGGUGCCAAGCCACUAGGUGCGUCGGCGCCGGCGCCCGGUGCGUCGGUGGCGCCACCCACGCUGACGACGAACCCUUACGGUACGGACGCCCUGCUGAGCCAGGUGCCGACGACCGCCGCGAACCAAUCGCCGCUGCCCUUUAACGUGGCGCCCAAGAACAAGCCUCCGCUGGUCCCGCCCUUCCGCUCCAGUCCACGCAAUGCGGUGCGUGUGACCCGGCUGCGGGGCUCGACGCCCGGCCUGGACAUGUCACGCAGUGUGCGGGAAGGUACGCCUGUGGAUCGUACGACGCCGGUGCGGGCCGGUAGCGUCGGUCUGUUCCGCAACCCGAGCGAUGCGGCGGUGCUGCCCUCGCAAGCCUUUAUUCCUCGCUCGACCUCGAAGCGCCUUGUGUUGGACGCCGAUACAAGUUUGACGCAAUCGCCUAGCCUCCGUGCCUCCGUGCCGCGUGCGGUGACGCCGCGUGCUCGCUUCUCGCCGGCCGUGGAGAAAGUCGUGGCGGGCGGCAUCGAUGGCGAUACGUCGUUGGUUGUGCCUACGCAUGAUGCGAGUGUGCUGUCGUCGACGCCUGCACCCAAGGCGAAGGCGUCGGUGGCGAGUGCCACCGAGCUGCGCCCGCCCCGCCCAGCACAAAAGGGCGACUACUUCACGGAGCCGUCGCUCGCUGCGCUGCGUUCGAUGCCCUUCGACGAGCUCGCGCAGGUGAGUGACUUUGUGGUGGGCCGCGUGGGCUUUGGUCAGGUGACGUUCCUGGAGCCGGUGGACCUGACGAGUGUGCCAGACCUGAGCUUUGUCGCCGGUGGUGUGGUGCAGCUGCGUGCGAAGGAGUGCUUUGUGUAUCCCCAGGAGGAGGACCUCGAAUCGGACGAGCCGCUGGACGGGCUCCUUCCACACUACGUGCCGGUGCCGAAGGCGCCGCUUGGGACGGGGCUCAAUGUGCCCGCGCGUGUGAGUCUGGAAGGUUGCUGGCCUGUCGACCGCGCCACGCGGGAGCCGCUGAAGGACGAGCAGCUGCCGCGCGUCAAGCAGCAUAUCCACAAGCUGCGCAACAAAAAGGAGACUGACUUUGUGUCGUACGAUGCUGUGAGUGGCACUUGGACGUUUAAUGUGCCGCACUUUUCGCGCUACGGACUCGAUGACUCCGACGAAGAAAUGGACGGGGCGCCAGGCGCGGACGAUGACAUGCACGACGAGGACGACGAUGCGCCUCCGCCCAUGGCUCUGGGCGAGGAGAGUGGCAGCGAUGAGAGCGACAUGCACGAGAGCGAACUCGGCGCGGACCGUGCAGACGACAUGGAGGCUGACGUCUGGGUGCCCACCGUCCCGGCAGCUAUGCCGCUGCGUCGCUCCAUGACGCCAGGCGCGGCCAUGCGCACGACGCCCGGCCCCGAGGCUCGCAAGGUCCAAGUGAUGCGCGCGAGUUUUUUUGGGCAGGCGCCUCCGACGACAGGACCGGUCGGAGGCGUGAGCCACGGUCCAUGGAUGCCGCCGCCGUCCGUCCCGCCUAGCUCUGUGACAGAGGCGGAACUGAUGCCUGACGCGGACGUGCUGCAGGAGGCGGAGCUUGGCGUCAUCGACCCUGUGCCGCCCGCACGACCGCCUGUGCCGCUCGUACGGGUCGAUGCGGAGCACACGGCCCUCGAUACGAGUGCGACAGACCCUGGUCUGGCCUGGGCGCGCGCUACCCGGGCGGGCUGGGGACCACGCGGCCUGUUGGUGCACCAGGGCACGGUGGGACGUGCAACGCAAGGCGACAGCCUGACGCAGGUGCACAUGGCGCCUGUGCCUGCGUACACCGACCCCGACGCCCAGGCGCAAGUGCAGGCUCUGUCGCGCCUGCUGCUGGAGCGCCAGUUGGCGCAUACCGAGCGUCGCGCCGGCGAGCUCGCGCCCAGUGUCUCGUUCCGCCAGGGCACAACCUGCGCUGACAUUGCGCAGCUGUAUGGCGUGGACGACAAGCAGUAUGCGGCACAGCUGUGGCACUUGGCCAGCGCCCUGUUCGACCCACUGGACCUGGCGCUCCCUGCCACGCCCGGCGGCGACGCACCGGACGCAGCGCUCGUGGCCCAUGUGACGCAGCGCCGGCGCAAGGCAGCACUGUCUGCAUGGCUGGAGCGGGCCGUGGCCGCCUCAGUCCAGGCCGAGGUCCGCGCGCAUACGGCCGCGUCGCGGAGCACCGAGCAGGUGUUUGCGCUGCUGAGUGGGCACCAGGUGGAAGAGGCGGCUGAGGCGGCUAUGGAAUCGGGCCAGGUGCGCCUAGCCACGCUUGUGGCACAGGCCGGCGGCUCACUGGAGAUGCGGGCGGACCUGCAGGAGCAGCUGGCCGUGUGGCGCUCAGAAGGUGUGGAUGCAGAGGUGGACACGUCCGUGCGCCGCGUCUACGAGCUGCUGGCCGGGAACGUCACGCAUGCGCAGAUGAGCGACGCGCGGGGGCGACCGACGCAGACUCUCGCGAUGGCCGCGGGCCUGGACUGGCGCCGUGCCCUGGGGCUGCAUGUGUGGUAUGGCACCGCGUGGGAGGCUCCGCUUGCAGUCAGCCUUCGCAGCUACGAAGCGGCCUGGCGCGAGUCGGACAGCACGGCAGCACCGCUGCCGCCAUACCAGGCGGAUGCGCAGCUGGGUCUACUGCGCAAGCGCGAGCUGAUCCAGCGGCCGGGCGCGCCGCGCGAUGCGCUGUUUGAGCUGCUCAUGCUCCAUGUGGAUGCAUCGUACCCCCUGGAGCAUGCACUGGAGCCGCGCCACUUUGGGCGCAGUGCGCUCGACCACACUCUCCCGUGGCACCUGCUCAUGUACCUUUCACGGGCGCUGGGCGUUAGGUCCCUGGACGACGCUACGGUGGGAGAGCGUUUGACGACGGCCUAUGCAGCGCAACUGGAGGCGAGUGGCGAGUGGCAUUGGGCCGCCUUUGUGUUGCUGCACCUGACCGACGAGGCUGUGCGCCAGCGUGCUGUGCAGGCGCUCCUCACUCGGCAUGUGGCGCACCUCGACGAGCACGCCUCGUGGCUGCAAACGGAGCUGUGCUUGCCGGAUACGUGGCUGUGGGCCGCGCGUGCGACGGCUAGCCACGCGCAGGGCGAUUACUUUGCCGAGUACGAGCACCGCCUGCGUGCCAACGACAUGUCUGGCGCCCAUGCCAUUGCCGUGCGAUACCUAGCGGCGGAAGCAUUUGUGCGCGGCGACACACAAGUGCUUAUUGACCUCUUCUCACCCAUGGCCGAGGCUGCGGAGGCGCCGGUGCCGGUGCCGGUGCAGGGCUGGAACGACGGUGGGCGUGUGUUCCUAGACUAUGCUAUGCUACCGCAAAAGCUGCCGACGCUACUAGCCCAGGCGCGCUCCGGCACGAGUUCGGCCAACGAGCGCCAUGCACUGCAGCAGGCCAUCCACCGUACACACGAGUUGCUUGAGCGCGUCCCGCGGCUCUACCCGGACACGACGGACCUUAUGAGCACAGUGGCGCGUACCGAGAUGCUCGCUGUGCUCCACAACCUCGCGCGGCUUCUGGCCAGCGAGGCAGGCGCGGCGGAACCGACGAUGCACUGGACGCCGGCACACCCGCCCGAGGUCGAGCAGCUGCAGUCAGCGGCUCGCGACUUUGGCGAGGCGCUCCUGGCUGGCCUGUAA